AUGAAGAACUCUACGGCCAAAGCUGAAUGCCUCAACAACGCCAAGGCUGACGGGCGCCGGACGGUCCGCCCACCCCUGGACCGCCGCGAGCUGACCUCGGAUCUGACGGGAUGCGAAGAUGGAAACGGCGAUAUUAUCAUGCAGAGACUCUCCGCCGCCUCCUGCAGCUCCGUCCGCAACAUCUUGUGGCUGCCUUUGACUGCGGAGGCGGCGGCCUUUUGGGCUGCGGCGGAGGCCGGCGGCGCUGCAGCAGACGCCGCCCGCAGCAGCUUCGCAGAAGUUUCUCUCUUCGAGUGGCGCCUCGUCACUGCGGGCCUCCACGGGGUCAUUACUGCGUGGAACUUGCGCACAACUCGCGUGGAGGUGGGCGCCCUGCAGCAGCAGCAGCAGCAGCAGCAGCAGCAGCAGCAGCAGCAGCAGCAGCAGCUCUCCUGUGCUGCAGCAAAGGCCGAGCCCCCUCCCUCAAACCCCGCUUUUUCCCUUAAUGGAGAGAAGACCAUUUCUUGUUUUGUUUGCAGGCAGAAAGCCCUUCUAAUGGAGGCGCUGUCUUCUCCCUUUGCCUCUGCCCCCCAUCAAUGGGGCUGCCAGCUUUUGCUGCUGCAUGCGACGACGGCCGAGUGCGGCUGCUGCUGCUGCAGGGCGCAGCAGCAAAGGCCUGCAGCAGCAGCAGCGGCGAUCUCCGCCAGACUCUCCUGGAAGAAGAAACUCCAACUCAAAUCCAAAUUACCCACACUCUCCCCAAGACCAAAUGUCCGCACAGCAGCAGCAGCAGCAGCAGCAGCAGCAACACCAGCACCAGCAGCACCAGCAGCACCAACACCAGCAGCAGCAGCAGCAGCAGCACCAGAAGCACCAGCAGCAGCAGCACCAGCAGCACUAGCACCAGCAGCACCAGCAGCAGCAGCAGCAGCAGCCGCAGCCGCAGCAGCAGCAGCAGCAGCAGCAGCAGCAGCAGCAGCAGGGGGAAGCGCGAGUGUGUUGUGCUGCGCUGCAGGCCGGCUGCUGUCAGUGUGUUGGUACUCCCGCAAUUUGGUCUUCGCCGGAAAUUCGAAUUCUUCCAUUUUGCGUUUUUGGCGCGCGGGCGAGGAGAGCCCGUUCGUGGCUGCGGGCCAAAUGGCGCUGGAGAGCCGGCCCCCCGGCGGCGAAAAGCCGGAAAGCAGCAGCACGCUGGUGUGGCGGCUGCUGGCGCUGCCGCGCAGCUCUUUGCUGCUGAGUGGAGACAGCAGAGGAUGUAUUACUCUUUGGACUUUGCCGGAAGGAGUGGCAGUGCAGACUUUGCAUGUGCACGUGGCGGACGUGCUGGACGUACAGCUCGCGGGGUGUACAGACAGCUGGCUCGCCGACUCCCGCGGGCCCCGCGCGCCGCCCCUCCCCACAAGUGAAGAAGUUGUUUUUUCGGUGGGGGUCGAUGGCAAGCUCGCGGCCCUCAGCAGGACGGAGCAAGACCGCUGGGCCGUGCGGGCCUGCCGGUACCCACAUUUGUGCGACUGCCAGGCCCUGGCCUUUCUCCCCAAAGUCCCGGGGGGCCCCCCGGGCUCUUUAGUUGUCACAGGCGCAGCAGAUGGCAGCAUCAAGUGCAUGCGAAACCUCACGGAACUCGCAGGGCUGAAGGCCCCCUGUUUGCCCUUCUGCGUUUCGCCUUCUCUUCGAGGCCUCCAGCGGCCAAAAGUGAUUUGGAAAAAACGGCUUUUGGUUUGUCCAUCUGCGACGGAAGUGGGCAUUUGGCAUGUCGAAGACAGCAGCGGGAACUUGCAAGAAGGAAGCCCUCGCCAGCCGCCUUUGGUGAAACUUGCAAAAGUUACUCUUCAAAAAGAAAGAAAAGUGAAUUGUUGUGACUUGGCGAAGGACGGGCAGUUGUUGGCAGUUGGCAGCAACGAGGGGCUGCACUUGUUUGCUUUCCACCUCAAGGAGUUGGAAAUCAGGGAUUUGGAAUGCUUGGGCAGCUGCCAAGUCCUCGAGAUGGUCACAGCUCUUCAGUUCGUGUCGCGCGGCGUUCUCGCCUGCUGUUUCUUUUCUAAGAAAAGCCGAAGGGCUUCCAACUACCGGCGCCUGCGCUGCGCCGCGGGGGCCCCCCCGGGGGCCCCCCCGGGGGCCCCCCCGGGGGCCCCCCUGGGGGCCCCUGCGGGGGCCCCUGCGGGGGCCCCCAGGGGGGCCCCUGGGGAGGACUCGGCGGGUGCGGCAAGUAGGGAAGAGAAGAAGCAAAAGGGAAGGGGGAAAGCGGAAGACUCGAAGUGGAUGUACAAAGAAAUUGGUUCUCUUAGAGAGGCUGAGGCCCUUCGGGACUUUGGAGGGGAAGGCUCUUUCUGUCUUUCUUUUCUCAAAGUUGCAACUGGACAGGAACUUGCGUCUGUGCGGGACCUGCCGUUCCCAAUUGUGGACAUGUUGUUGAGCCCGGAUGGCCGGCGUCUGGGGUGUCUGAACAGCAACAGUUCGAUUUCAGUGUUUGAUGUGGGCACUUUGGACUUGAUUUAUUUCUUGCCGAACAUUUUUAGAUGGGGAGAAGAUGUCGCCAGCUUCUGCUUCUCGCCGGACUGCUCACAGCUGUUCGUCUUGGGCACUCGCAACGGCUAUUUCACCACAGAAAUAAACCAAAAAGAGACUUCUCAGCAAGAAAGUGGAGAAGGAAAUAACAAACUUUCAAAAGACUCCGAAAAUUCCGAGAAAAACAAAGCGAAAUUGCACAGACGGCGGCGCGAAGUUCGAUCAAUUCCGGCGAGGCAGUUUUCGCGGGAAGACGGCAGCGUGUUGGCGAGCCAGUGGGUGGCUGGGGAGGGAACUUCUGCAUUUGUUUUGUGUUUAACUCCUUCGAACUUUUAUAAAUUCAAUUUGGAGUUUUCGGAGAAGUUUCAAAAACAAAAAAGAAAAGAAAUCCGACUUUUCAACUCCAGCAGCGACUCCGACAGCGAGAAGGACCCGCGGGUGAGAACUUUUUAA